AUGAACCAUCAAGGUCUUCUCAGCUCUUUUUUCAUUCUGUGUAUUGGUGUAUUUACCGGAAUCACGGUUUCCAUCCAAAGCCAUGUUCAAGAGAGAAUAUUCAAAGACGGUGACAUAAAUUUAGGUGGAAUGUUUCCUCUCCAUUUAUUCAAGAACGGUCAGGGAUCGUCGUCAUCAUGUACGGAUCUUCGCUCCCGAGUGUUGCUUCUAUCAGAGGCCAUGAUAUACGCCGUCGAUGAAAUAAAUAGAAAUGGCACAAUUCUUCAAAAUGUGACGUUGGGCUACGACAUUCGCGAUACGUGCGGCAACGAACAAGAAGGCAUUUCUAUAGCGUCGGAUUUUGUUUACGAGAAUGCACUUAAACUUGACCCACGCUUCUCUGUGACAAACUCUUGUCGUGCGGGAGUCGCGCCAUCAAAGGAAGCAACUGUAAUAGCAGUCAUUGGAGGACUGGAUUCUCGUGUUUCUGUCAACGUGGCAAAUGUACUCCAAGUACAAGAUGUUCCGCAAAUAAGCUACGGGGCGUCAAGCGCUGAAUUAGCGGGAGCGGAGUUUACAUCGUUUUUUCGCACUGUUCCAGUAGAUACCUUCCAAUCACAAGCUAUGGCAGAACUGAUUGCACACUAUGGGUGGACGUGUGUGGCAGUCAUCGGGGUGGAUGACUGGUACGGUCGUAGUGGCGUUGACGCUUUCGCUACCGCGGCCAACAAAACUGGAAUCUGUAUUGUGUUACAAGAACUGUUCCCUGUUCACGACUCGGAAACCCAAAUACAGACCAUGAUCAGUCAACUGAAAAACAUGGGUCAAGUUCAGAUUAUAAUAUUAUACAGUUUAUCACCUCAAGCGAUAAAGGUCUUUGAAGAAGCAGUGAAGCAAGGUUUGUCCGGGAGGACCUGGAUCGCGAGUGACGGGUGGUCAGAAUCUUCAUUGAUUCUUCAACCUCGCUUUAAGCCGAUUAUACAAGGCGCAAUAGGAUUUGGAUUCCACACACAUAGGUUUGAAGAAUUUGAAAAACACGUCACAGAAAUGACGCCUCUUUUGCGAAGAGGGGCUUGGUGGAAUGAAUUUUGGGAAAUGGAGUUCAACUGUUCAAUAUCUAAUUCGACGCAUGCUCAGUUUAAACCCUGUUCAGGCCAUGAGAGAGUCAGCCCGGAAAGAUACAAACGAGAUUACCACAACGCAGGCGCAGCCUAUGUGAGAGAUGCGGUAUACUCAGUCGCGAAUGGACUGGGUGAAAUACUUAACUGUCACGCCCAGACCCCCUCUUGCUCUGAGUGGUUUUCCUCACCCCGUCCCGAUUAUCUAUUGACAAGCCUUAAAAAGGUUUCAUUCACAGGGCUUACUGGCUAUAUUGACUUCCGAAAUGGGCGGGUUCAGGCAGCUUACGAUAUUUAUAAUCUUCAGGAGACCGAGAAGGAUGGGUUUAAGCGCGUUCAAAUUGGAACGUGGGAUGAAGGAAAUGCGCAUGCACAGGGACUAAGGCUACAAGAUGAUUUAGUGCAAUGGCACAGAGGUAUUAAACCGCGCACCACUUGCGGAGAGAUCUGUCCUUCUGGAACUUACCGAAGUAUCCCUAAUCAGUGCUUCUGGGAGUGUGUCCCGUGCGAUAAAGACACCGUCAGCGAACGAUCAGGUAGCACCGAAUGCAAGAGUUGUCCCAAAGGAUACAUAUCCAAUGAAAACAACACGAAGUGUGAUGAGGUGCCCAUUGAGUAUAUUGAAUGGGAUGAACCGUGGGGCGUGGCACUCUCUGCCCUUUCAGCCUUCUGCGUACUUCUUACAUUAGUUAUCCUGGCAAUUGUCUUGCAACAUCGUAAAACUCCAAUAAUCCAAGAAACGGGUGGAUUUCUUAACUAUGCUUUCUUAGUGGUGAUACUUUUGUCGUAUAUUUUCAAUUUAGUCCACCUCACCAAGGUGUCCGAUCUGACUUGUCGCAUGCUCCCUCCUUCGUUUUACGUGAUAUACACGGCUGCAGCCUUGGUACAAUUCCUUAAGGUUUAUCGCAUCCGCCUUCUCCUGAAGCCACCCACGCCACCGGCUACCCACGACAUGAAAUUGGUGUACAUAAUCGUGGUAUUCGUGUGGAUUCUUCCCGUUUUUAUCUCGAUCAUUUGGAUAAUUUCAGACCCUCCUAUAUUUGAAAAGUACAUUAUAUCGAGGUUGAUAAUUUACGGUAUUUGCACACCUUAUCAAACCAACGUUGGAAUGGCGUUACGUUAUAUGAGUGCAGUUAUUUUAUCGCUAAUUAUUAUUGGCGCUAUGGUGGUUGCCUACAGUACUAAAGGUCUCCCACAUAAGCAGAAAUUUGACGAAGCCAAACACUUAGCGUUCUCACUGACUGUGUUUACCGUCACUUUUGCCACAUUUUAUCCAGGAUGGUCUUUUAUAAAGGGACCAAGUUUGACAGUGUUCGCAUGUAAGACCAAUUUAGUCGCCGCUACCGGUACAGUCCUUUGUAUUUUUGUCCCUAAGCUGUGGCUCAUUUAUCGCUUUCCCCGUCACAACACCCUAACCUACGUUCGUCCUGCGCCCCAGAUAAAGUCAGAAGACGUCAGAUCCACAACUAUGUUGUCAAUCGGGCAGGUUGCUGUAAAGAUAGGUGAUAGCCCCUGUGCGAGCUAA